AUGUCGCCACCGCCCGCGCCUCCGCCGCCCACGUCGCCGCCACCGGCGACUCCGCCGCCCACGCCGCCGCCGCCCUCCACCUCGCCCUCGCCUCCGCCGCCCACGUCGCCGCCGCCGGCGCCUCCGCCGCCCAAGCCGCCACCACCGCCGCCUCCGCCGCCCACGCCGCCGCCGCCUCCCGCCUCGCCUCCUGCCUUACCGCCGCCAUCACCCCCUCCGUACCUGCCCGGCCUCGCGCCCACGCCACCACCGGCGACUCCGCCGCCCUCGCCGCCGCCGCCCACGCCGCCGCCGCCCACGCCGCCACCACCGGCGCCUCCGCCGCCAUUCGUCACCUCCAUGGUCGAGGUGAGCGGCGGCACGUUCGCCGUCGAAGUCUCCUGGUCGCUCUCUUGCGACGGCCUCGCCGGUCCCAUCACGGGCGGGGCACCCUACGACGCGAUGCACGCGGUGCCGCCGGGCUCUUGCACCCUCGACAUGGUCGAUUCGUACGGCGACGGGUGGAACGGAGCAGAGUGGUCAGCGCCAGGCUGGACCGAUGAGACUUUCGGCCUCGAAUACGGGUCCUCGGGCAGCGCGAACUUUGUCGUGGCUUACGCACCGCCUCUCCCACCGCCCCUGCCGCCGCUGCCGCCGCCGACGCCGCCGUCGCCGCCUCCGCCGUCUCCGCCGCCUCCGCCGCCAUUCGUCACCUCCAUGGUCGAGAUGAGCGGCGGUUGGGACCCAGACGGCCCAGUCUCCUGGUCGCUCGCUUGCGAAGGCCUCGCCGAUCCCAUCACGGGCGGGGCAGACUACAGCGCGAUGCACGCGGUGCCGCCGGGCACUUGCACCCUCUCCGGCUACGGCGACGGAUGGACGUGGUCAGCGCCAGGCUGGACCGAUGAGACUUUCCCAUUCGAUCCGUACGGCUACGGGGAAGUCUCCUGGUCGCUCGAUUGCGACGGCCUCGCCGAUAACAUCACGGGCCCGCCCAUCGCGGCAGACUACGACGAUCUGGCAGACUACGAGAUGAUGUUCGCGGUGCCGCCGGGCUCUUGCACCCUCGACAUGUUCGAUUCGUACGGCGACGGGUUUGCUCCCUUCAAUACCACCUCUAAUCGGACGCAGCCGGGGGCCGUUGCCAUAAAGGCGGCCACGCCGGGACCCGGCCAGUACACGAGAGGCGAAGCUGACUCUGCCGGUCGGCCCUCGCCCGCAUCUGCCUUUGCCUCGGGGACUGCUCGCAACGGCGUCUCGGCCGGGCCUCCGCCCAAGGCCGACGCGCCAGGACCAGGCGAGUACAGGCUGCCGUCGGACUUUGAGAAGAGACGGCGGCGGCACACAGGUCGAGUACGGGCUGCGUCGGCAGGGUUCCGGCAGCAUGCCGCGCGCAGCACGCCGCCCUCCAUUCCCGCACGCGACCAGUCGUUCGGAUACGAGGAGGAGGCGGAUCGGACGCUCGUCAUGCAGCGGCCGCCGCCGACGGCCCCGAGGUACAGCGAGCCCGACUCAAAGUUGACGCGCCCCUCCGGGUUUGCCACCGCGUGGGGCAACUCCAAAGUCCAGCGGGAAGUGUUUGGAAAGCCACCCGCAACCCCAGGCCCCGGGCAGUACUACGCCCUCGUGUCCGAGCCGGCCGCACCAGCCGCCGCUGCCGCGCGCGCCCGGUUGACGACCGCAGCCUUUGCCGACGGCUCCUUGCGCCUGGCAGAGGCGGAUCCCGAGGAACCCACUCCGGGGCCCGGACAGUAUCGGCUUCCCGGAGCAAUGCGGCAGCACGGCGGCGCGUCGUUUGGCUCAACGGUCCCUCGCAACGGACUCGGGACCGAAGUCUGGGCUGCGGGUCCCGGUCCCGGUGCCUACAGCCUGCGCAAGGACCAGGUUGGCGGAGGAGGGGGCAUCUCGUCAGACAGCCUCUCUGCCGGCGGGCUCCUCGCCUCGCGCCGCCGCUCGACCCACCAGCCGCCGAGGGUUGCAAAGCUGAUCGAGAUUGAGCCCGACCCGCCUCCGCCUCGGACCGGCAACCUCGCCACCCCCCCACACCCGGACACGCAGCCCUUCGCUGCAGCGGCGCCCGAGGCCGCGCGGACCUCCUCCAACGGGUCGGAGGACUUGAUCUCUUUCCGAGGAGAGCAGCGCAACCCGCUCGACUGGACCGCUCAGUUUGCGACGCCCGUCUUCCCGGCCGCGGCGCCGUACCCCGGCACCGCGCCUCCGCCUGCCGGCCCGAGCUGGCUUCGGAAGGGCUACCCCUCUACGGGCUACCCCGCUGCGCAGGGAGGAGGGGCGCCGCCCCCCUCCUACCCCGCCCCCCCCUCCUACCCCGGCCGCUCACCUCCCGAGGCAGCUUGCGGAGAUAUGGGGAGAUAUGGGGAGAUCUCACCUCCCGCACCAGCUUGCGGCCCGCAGAGCGGCGCGGGCGGGCUAGCGGCGGCCGCGUCUGCCGGCGUCCCGCCCCCCGGCAGCCUCCCGCCCCCCCCCGGCGUCCGCAACAGCUUUCCAAUCGCUCCGUCGGCCGCGCCGGUCUCGCCUCGCGCGCUGGCUGCUGACGCGCCGCCGCGCUCCGCUGCCGCGCCGAACGAGCUGCCGCCCGAACGUGACGCUGGUCCGGCGGACGGGACGCCGGUCUGGCUCCGCUCCGCCGGCAGGGCGCUCGGCGCGACCCCCGCCGAGCCUGCUUCGGGGCGAGAGGCUCCUGCCGGCCGGCGGGUUGCGGAGGUCGAGGCGCUCCUCUCGUACGGAAAGGUCGAGCAGGCUGUGGCGGCGGGCUGGCGCGGCGGAGAGGCGGAGCGAGCGCUCGUCCACCACGGAAGCCCUGCCCACUCCACGCUCGAGCUCUACCUGCAGCCCGCCUCGGAGCCGGGCUUGUCGCUGAGCGACCGCCGCGGCGUCGCCCUUGUCGAGUCGGUCGAGCAGGGCUCGGAGGCGGCGGCGGCGGGGCUCAGGCGCGGCGACGUGGUUUGCGCGGUGGACGGCGAGCCGCUCUACACGUGCGAGGCUGUGUCCGAGGCGGUGCUCUCCGCCUCCCUCGCGCAGCGGUACGGCCCUUCCCUCGCGCUGCUGGUGAGGCGGCCAGCGCGCCCAAAGCACAAGAGGGCCGCCCCCCUCUGGCAGCGCGAGGCGGCGGCGAGUGAGCUGCAGGCGGCGUGGCGCGCGGCGCGCGGCCGUCUGCCCGAUCCACCGCCGCCGGCACCGCCUCCCACGCCGGCGCCGGUGCAGCCGCCCGCACCGCCCACUCCCGCUACACCGCCCGCUGCACCUCUCGUCCCUUCAGCCGCGCCGGCGGCCCGCCCCUCCUCUACGGCCGCGGAGCUCGCGGCGCGCGCAGCGAAGCUCUCGCAGACGCCCGUGCUGGCGCCGGGAGAGGAAGAGCUCGAGGAGGCGCCGCAGUUGGCACCGUUGCCCCCGCCGAUGCUUUCCGGGAGGAGCGAGGAGGGCAGCGCCGAGGAGGGCGGCUCAGCUUUGGGAGGGGAAGAGGUGGAGGAGAGGGCAGCGGAGGAAGCGCUUGCGGCGGAGGCGGCAGCGGAGGAGGAGGAGCCUGCGGGGCCCGCAUCGGAGGUGGAGGGCGUGGUGGUGGUGGUGGAGGAGGAGGAGCAGGAGGGCGGCGGCGCUGGUUGCGCACUGGAGUCCGUCCGUGCUUCGGGCGGGGAGGCGUCGCGGGGAGAUCGGUCGCCGGCGAGGGAAGCGGCUGCGGCGGUGGCUGCGGCGGCGGUGGCUGCAGCGGCGGCGGCAGCGAUAGCUUUUGAGGCGGCGGCGGUGGAGGCGGAGGAGGCGGUGGAGGCGGAGGAGGCGGAGGAGGCGGAGGGGCUGGCAGCGGGUCCACCGGCGGAGUCCUCUGGGCAGGGGGCGAGGGGCUCGUUGGGAGAGGGCGGCAGGGAGGAGGAGGGCAGCACGGAGGAGGGCAGCGCGGGCGCCGGGGCGCCGCUUGCCGCUGCGCCCUCGUCGCCCUUCGAAGGCGGCGCCCCGCCGACGCUCCGCCGCAGCGACUCUGGCUCGACCCUCUACUCGGAGACGGGAUCCGUCACGUCCUCCUGCGCCGACGGCCGGCGGGGAGGGAGCCGUGCCGACUCGCGAGCCGCCGCGCGGGUGGAGCGCGAGGCGAUGCGAGCGCGGCUUCAGCACGAGGUGUCGCUGCGGCAGGCGGCCAGCAUCGAGGAGAAGCAGCGGCGGAGCGAGGCGCGCGCCGCAGCCGCGGCCGAGCGCGCGCGCAACUCGCGGCACCGGGGCGAGGAGCGCGAGGGAGAGCGGCGCGCCGCGGCGGCGUUUGUGGAGCAGGCGUCGGUCGUCUUGGACGAGCUCGACGCCGCCGUCGCCGCCCCGUCAGCUGAGUCGCGCGGGGAGGCGGCCGCGGGCAGGGCUCAUUCGGGAGGGGACAAGGCGGCGGCUCCGCAGGCUGGCACGGCGGCGCACCUCCGGCAGCCGAGCGAAGAGGCUGCCGCGGCGCGGGUGAUGGCGGCGGCGAGGGCAGAGCUAGCGCACGCGGCUGCGGCGGCGGAGGAGGCGGAGGCGGAGGAGCGGCACGCCAUUACGCCCGCGCCGGCAGACCCGCCAUCCCCGGUGGCCGCGGCGCGCGAUGCGGAGGCGGGCGACGCAGGCGGCGCGGCGGCCGCUGCGGCUGCGGCGGCGGCGGCUGCGGCGGCAACGACGGCGGCGGCAGCUGCGGCGGCGGCGGCGACCACCGAGGUGGCGCAGCCGCCGACCACGCCGGGCGGCCCGCGGCCCGCGGCGGCGAGGGGCGGGUUCCUCGGCGCUUUCUUCGGGCAGCGAGCGGCGCCCGCCAUCGCGUCUCUGGGGGCGAGCGGCCAGGCGGCGAGAGGGAGCGUCGGCGGUGCGGCUGGCGAGGCGGCGAGGGCGCCCCAAGAGCGGGGGGGCGAGGGGGCGGCGGGGCAGGGCGUGGGCGGGAUGUCGGAGGAGGAGGCGCUCGCCCUCGCCCUCGCUAACUCGAUGGAGAGCUCGCCGCCGCCGCCGCCGACGGCGUCGCCCGAGGCGAUGAGCGAGGAGGAGCAGCUCGCGUAUGCCCUUUCCCUCUCGGCAGCAGCGGACGUUGGGCCGCCCGCCGCCGCCGCGAACGGCGCUUCCGAGGACGAGGCCUUGGCGUGGGCGCUUCAGGAGUCGCUCAACGCAGAGGCGGCCGCGCAGCCCGGCGGCGGGGGGGCGCCUCCCGCCGCCCCGCCGGCGGGGCUACGCGUGGUCGUCACCGGCGCGGCGGAGGUCUCUGCGGGCGGGCGCGGGGACACGCACAUGGUCUACUCGCUCGAGGUGGAGGGGCAGCGGAGGCCGGCCCGCACGUGCACGCGCCGCUUCUCCGCCUUCGUCGAGCUGCUCAACCGGCUCGGGCGCGAGGCGCCGGGCGAGCGAGUCUCGCGAGAGGCGCGCGGCUGCGUCGACGGGUGGAAGACGCGGCUGCUCGUCGAGAAGCGGCACGCGGGCAGGGGCGCAAAGGCGCCGGCCAUCGUGUCGGCGCGCGUCGCGCUGCUGCAGCGCAUGCUAGACGAGCUCCUCGCUUUCCCCGAGAUCUGCUCCUCCGCCCCGCUGGCGGCCUUCUUGGCGUAG